GGUGAUGAUCAGAUUGCAUCGACUGAUGAUCAAGUCAAGUCAACGUGUACAACAAUUUAAUUGAUAUAUGAACUCCUGCAUCACGUACCUAAUUGUCCUCAGCGGUCAGAUCCGAUGAGUUCAUUUGGUAGCCCAGGUUCAGGCCCCUACACAGGCAAGCCAGUUCCCCCCGAGCGCGGCAGCUUUCCUCUGGACCACGAUGGCGAGUGCAAGCAUGUUAUGAAACAAUACCUGUCGUGUAUCAAGAAGGUGAAGGGUCUUAACGACGAUGAAUGUCGAAAUAUCGCCAAGUCAUAUCUCGCAUGUCGAAUGGACCGGUACAGACUUCCUCUUUAACAAACUUUCGGGGCUCAUACGGCUACUGACCAAUUGACAGGAACCUAAUGGCCAAAGAUGAUUUUAAAAAUUUGGGGUUCGCCGAAGAACAACCUACGAAACCAACCACAUCCAGUUCUGAGGCUGGGACAUCGAGUUCGUAGCGCUUUUCGAACGGAUAAUGGAGCCAGCUUGGCAAGAGGCCUUCGUCGUCAGAGCUGCAUGUAUCAUAAUCAUGGUUAUCACUGUAUUUAUAGAUCAUUGCGAAAGAAAUAGGGGCCCCUUGAACACGAUUCCUACAUUGUUUCUAGCCACAUAAGCAAGCAAGUAAGCCAGUACAUCAUGUAAAAUCGUGUUAGUGGUCUGUAACAGCCUCCAGUGUGAGUUUGGAAGAUUUGUGAAUUCGGCUACCAGAUUCACACAUUGAUGAAAUGAGGCAUGUAUGAGAACAUGUGCAUUCAGUUUGAAGGUGGAACCUAGACAAGCCGUUGGCGCCAGCGGGCCGCUCGGAGUUGUGAUGCAGGUGUUAAAGCCGGUUUAUAUCCUCAGUCAACUACUUACAUCGUCCUAGC